AUGGGGGAUAUGUUUCGCAGUGAAAAGAUGGCCCUGUGCCAAUUAUUUAUACAACCGGAAGCUGCUUAUGCCACCGUCUCCGAGUUAGGCGAGAUCGGUUGUGUACAAUUUCGUGAUUUGAAUGACGCUGUCAAUUCCUUCCAACGACGUUACGUCAAUGAUGUGCGGCGUUGCGAUGAGCUCGAGCGACAGAUGAAUUACAUUGAAAGUGAACUGAAGUUGGAUGGUGUGAUUAUGAAGGAUUUGAUAGAUGAUGACCUACCACGUGCACUGAGUCCUCGUGAAAUUGGUGAACUCGAGGCCACUUUGGAUAGAAUGGAGACCGAAAUACGUGAGCUCGCCCAAAAUAACAUAAAUCUUAAGUCGAACUACUCUGAACUGACCGAGUUGCGCAUGGUUUUGGAAAAGACACAACAUUUCUUUCAAGAUGUCAUGGAUGCCUCGUCGAAUUUUGGCGCUGAUGAGACAAAUCCACAGGGACGUGGCCAAUUGGGUUUUGUGGCUGGUGUACUAAAUCGUGAGCGUUCGUUCGCUUUCGAACGCAUGUUGUGGCGCAUUUCACGCGGGAAUGUCUAUGUGAAGCGCGCUGAUUUGGAAGAACCGCUUUUAGACCCUCAUAGCGGUGUUGAGGUGUAUAAGACAGUGUUUGUGGUAUUCUAUCAGGGCGAGCAGUUGAAUACUCGUAUCAAGAAAAUUUGCAAUGGUUUUCGUUCUUCACUUUACCCCUGUCCUGGGGAUCAUGGCGAACGCGAAGAAAUGUUGCGGGGCGUGAAGACACGCUUGGAAGAUUUGAAACUGGUUAUAAGUCAAACUGCUGACCACAGACGUUUAAUGCUCUCGAACACUAUUACAAAUUUACCCCGUUGGAUGAUGAUGGUGAAGAAAAUGAAGGCCAUAUACCACACGCUGAAUAUGUUUAAUGUGGACGUGACCAAGAAGUGCCUUAUAGGUGAGGGUUGGGUGCCGAGGAAAGACUUGGCAAAAGUUAUGCAGGCGCUCGCAGAUGGUUCGGCCUCGGUCGGCAGUACAGUGCCGGCUUUCAUGAAUGAACUAGAACCGAUGAAGUCGCCACCGACUUUUAAUCGUGUCAACAAGUUCACGAACGGCUUUCAGCAUCUAAUUGACGCCUAUGGUAUGGCUAACUACCGUGAAGUAAAUCCGGCGCUCUACAGUUGCAUUACAUUCCCUUUCCUAUUUGCGGUUAUGUUUGGAGAUUUGGGACACGGCUUCUGCAUAUUCUUAUUUGCGCUCUGGAUGGUUUUGGAUGAGAAACGCUUAAGCCACAAGCGUGGCGGUGAAAUCUGGAAUAUAUUUUUUGGCGGUCGCUAUAUUAUCUUGCUGUUGGGUCUCUUCUCCAUGUACACAGGUUUUCUGUAUAAUGACAUUUUUUCAAAGUCCCUCAAUGUUUUCGGUUCUACUUGGAGGGUACGCUACAACAGCACCACCGUACUGGAAAAUCCCACUUUACAGUUAGAUCCAACGGUGGCCUCUAUUGGAACGUACCCUUUGGGUGUAGAUCCCAUUUGGCAAUUGGCUGAUAAUAAAAUAAUUUUUCUCAACACCUUGAAAAUGAAAAUGUCCAUUAUUCUUGGUGUGACCCAUAUGAUUUUUGGCGUCUGCUUGUCGGUGGUGAACUUCAUGUACUUCAAGAAGUAUGCGCUAAUAUUUUUGGAAUUCGUACCACAAAUACUUUUCUUGAUUUUGCUCUUCGGAUACAUGUGCUUCAUGAUGUUCUACAAGUGGGUGAAAUAUUCGCCAAAAACUGAUUAUCUACCCGAUUCACCUGGCUGCGCACCAUCGGUGUUAAUAUACUUCAUUAAUAUGAUGCUGUUCAGCAGUUCCCCGCAGCUGGAAGGAUGCGAUGAGUACAUGUUUGAUGCACAGCCGCAGCUAGAAAGGAUUUUUGUUGUAUUGGCAGUAAUCUGCAUUCCAUGGAUUCUGGUGGGCAAGCCAUUGUAUAUAAUGAUUAUACGGAAACUCAAAGCUAAGCGGCAACAUGCGGGUAUCUCGUCUUUGGGCAAAGGAGAAAUUGAAGCUGGUGGACAAGAGGAAGGCGAACAUGAUGAAGAAGACGAUGAGCCGAUGAGUGAAAUAUGGAUACACCAAGCUAUACACAUGAUUGAGUACAUCCUAAGCACUAUUUCGCAUACAGCUUCUUAUUUGCGUUUGUGGGCUCUAUCGUUGGCGCAUGCGGAACUCUCUGAGGUGCUGUGGAAUAUGGUGCUUUCGGAGGCCCUUACACUCGGUGGCUAUGGAGCAGCGGUCGCUUUGUUCUUCAUUUUUGGUGCCUGGGUUUUGUUGACAAUCGCCAUCAUGAUUUUGAUGGAGGGUUUGUCGGCCUUUUUGCACACUUUGCGCUUACAUUGGGUUGAAUUUAUGAGUAAAUUCUAUUCUGGCGCCGGAUAUGCCUUUAUGCCAUUCAGCUUCAAACUGUUAUUGCGGAGUGAUGAGGACGAUUAA